UUGAUGCACUGUGAUUGUCCCUGCUGCUCCUGAGGGGCGGCCUCCAGGGACAAUAUGUGGCCAGAAAGGGAUGCAUAAUGAAACGAAUGGAGAGUUUCCUGACACUCUAUUCCUUUUUGUGUAACAAAGAGCAUCCUUUGUGAGACUCAACCUGUGAGAGAGAGCCACCUGGAAACAAAAAUCCUGCACACCUAGGCCCUCAAAGAGGGGACAAAUAAAAGAUGAUGGAAGGCAUUGGGCCUCAUAUCACUUCAGAGGAGAUAAAAUAUUUAACAAUUUAUCACCAUGCAGCAAAAAGAUGAUGAAGCAUCUGAGCUGAGAGACAGGUGUUCCUCCAUCUGGUGAUUUUCCUAUUAGAGAAUCAGAAUCUCCUAAUAAGGGAGUGAAGCCAACUAGGGUCCUUUUGGUAUCAAAUUAGCUGUUGCUCAAUUAGGAGAAUGAGGAUCUCAGAAGCCAAAAAUAUCUCUGGGUCUGUGCGUGAGUUCAUCCUCCUGGGCUUCCCAUGCCGCAGAGAGAUCCAGAUCCUCCUCUUUGUCAUCUUCUCCCUCAUCUACCUUCUGACUCUCAUGGGGAACACAUCCAUCAUCUGUGCCGUGUGGUCAAGCCGGAAACUCCACACACCCAUGUACAUCCUCCUGGCCAACUUCUCUUUCCUGGAGAUCUGCUAUGUCAGUUCUGAUGUACCCAAAAUGUUGGCCAACAUCGUCUCCCAGACCAAGAGCAUCUCUUAUGCUGGCUGUCUGCUCCAGUUCUACUUUUUCUUUUCUAUGUGUGCUGCUGAAGGCUACUUUCUGUCUGCGAUGUCCUUUGAUCGGUUCCUUGCUAUCUGUCGACCUCUACAUUACCCCACCAUCAUGACUUACCAUCUAUGUGCCCGAUUAGUGGUUUUCUGCUGGCUAAGUGGCUUUCUAUCCAUACUGAUGCCUGCAGUCCUUAUGUCCCGGGUGCCCUUCUGUGGCCCUAACAUCAUUGACCAUUUUUUCUGUGACCUGGGACCAUUACUGGCUCUGUCCUGUGUUCCAGUCCCCAAAACUACUCUAACUUGUGCUACUGUAAGUUCUCUUAUCAUCUUUAUCACCUUCCUCUACAUUCUUGGGUCCUAUACCUUAGUUUUGCGGGCUGUACUUCGGGUCCCAGCUGGCUCAGGUAGGAACAAAGCUUUUUCUACAUGUGCCUCACAUUUCUUGGUGGUUUCCCUGUUCUAUGGCUCAGUCAUGGUGAUGUAUGUGAGUCCAGGCUCCAGGAGCCAUCCUGGGACACAGAAAUUUGUGACCCUAUUUUACUGCAUGGUAACCCCAUUCUUUAAUCCUCUGAUUUACAGCCUUCGGAACAAAGAUAUGAAAGACGCACUCAAGAAAGUCCUGGGAGCACCAUCAAAAGAAAUUUCUAAAAAUAAAGAGAAAUGA